CAACAUAAAUCUCGUCAUGAUAUUUCGGAGUGUCACUUCGGUUGCCUAUCCUGAGUGUAAAAAGAGCAGCCAACAUAAAUCUCGUGAAAUUUCGGAGUGUCACUUGGUUGCCUAUCCUGAGUGUAAAAAGGGCAGCCAACAUAAAUCUCGUCGUGAAAUUUUGGAGUGUCACUUCGGUUGCCUAUCCUGAGUGUAAAAAGAGCAGCCAACAUAAAUCUCGUCGUGAAAUUUCGGAGUGUCACUCGGUUGCCUAUUCUGAGAUUUCUGAGUGUAAAAAGGGCAGCCAACAUAAAUCUCGCCGUGAAAUUUCGGAGUGUCACGAAGCGGAGAGAAGCAGCAAGCGAUGUUUUUGAUGGCUAAAGACAGUACACAUUCACUCGGAUCAGCUGUGAAAAGUUUAGUGGAGUAAAUAAACAAACAAAAACUAUCGGAGAGGAAGUAGAUGGAAAAUUUCAGAAUUUACACAUUUUUCCAAACGGAUCAAACGAUUCUUUGCCCGUAAAUAUACCACAAUCCCACGUGAGAGACAGCUCCCGCUUUGUUUACAUGACAUUACGGCAGAGUAAAUGCGAGGCAUCUUAUCGGGGAAGAAGUAUACGCUCGCAAAUAUUUCGUUCGCCGCGUAGCGAGGAGGAUGACACUCGCUCCGAAGAACAUAGUGAAACUACUCGAGCUCCUCACCGAGGAAAACCUGGACACCAGCCUGGAGAAUCUCUGCAAUCAGCUGCAUCAGAGUUUUCCCAAGGAGGAGCGCUUCAAUGUCGGAAUGGUGCUGCUGCUGCAGCUGCAGCAGGUUGAUCUGCUGCCUAAACACGUUCAACGUGUUAUGGCACUGACGCUGCUGUUUGACCUGUACCGAGGGGAGCCAUUAGCCUCCACGCCGUUUGCCUCUGUAUUCGUGCAGGUGCUGAAGUCGCAGGACGACGCCAACAACGGGAGCUCGAAGCCGUCCAGCCACACCGGUCACAUACCGUUCCUGUCCAACUGCGAGAGGAGCCUGCUCGUCAAUUUGAUGGGAUACAAUCAGAAGGACGUCAUGAAGAAGACACCACGCCAGAUCGUGGACGAGUUCUCGUUCGCCACCGUGCCAUCCAUCGAUCUAACCACCUUGCAGUUGCAGCUGGCGGAACACCAGUCCGAACUGCCGUCUGUCAGCAAAUGCGGAAAUCCUAUAAUACUGCCCGACAUGGAUCACUCCCAGGGGACGGAAUACGACGCGACCACCGUGAGAAAUAUAGUAGAAAAUCUCACGAUCGGCGAUCCGCCUCUGUACAGGCAAAGUUAUCGUCCUGAAUUCCUGAGGCUUGCGCCACCUCUUUAUCAUUCCAUCAACGAGAUAGCUUGGUUCCAUUCCACGGAGCCAUCUCAAUUCACGGUCGAGUACGAUCCUAGCAUGUGCGUGUCGAACUGCGCCAGUAUCGAGGCACGUAAACUCAUGGGCAAGGCCUUCAAAAAUGUCUUAACGUUGAUGCAGCAACAGUAUCUGAUCAGCGAAUUGGAGAAGGAUCCGAAGCUCGUUUAUCACAUUGGGCUCACGCCGCCGAAAUUACCAGACCUCGUUGAGAACAAUCCUCUAAUCGCCAUUGAGGUCUUACUGAAGCUAAUGCAAUCCAGCCAGAUCACGGAAUACUUUAGCGUGCUAGUGAACAUGGAGAUGUCCCUUCACUCCAUGGAGGUCGUGAACAGAUUGACUACCACGGUGGACCUGCCGACAGAAUUUGUACAUUUGUAUAUCAGCAAUUGCAUAUCCACUUGCGAGACCAUCAAAGACCGUUACAUGCAGAAUCGACUGGUGCGACUUGUUUGCGUGUUCCUGCAGUCCUUGAUAAGGAACAAGAUCAUAAACGUGCAAGAACUAUUUAUCGAGAUUCAAGCGUUCUGUGUUGAAUUCAGUCGCAUUAGAGAAGCAGCCGCAUUAUUUCGGCUCCUAAAACAACUUGAGUCCGGUGAUACCGGUGGACUUAAUGCUCCACCUACAAGAAGUAGAACAGAUAUGUGUUAAAACCCAUCACGAUACCUAUAAAUACUAUCUAGAGAAUUUAUCUGAAAAAAAAAUAUAAUGAAUUAGGUAAUUAAAUUUAAUCCUUUCAUUACGAUACUAUAGUUGCCUGCCACAAAGCGAUCUUCAUAUACCAUUGACUUCUUCUUCUCUUGGUACCCAAGCCUUCCAGCGGGUUCGGUACGGCCAGUUGUAAUCAAUAAUCAGAUUUAGUGAACAUAGAAUCAUAUAUACAGACUUGCUUACUCCAUACUCGAUAUUCUUUUUAUUUUAUGAAAUAUAAUAUAUUAAAGUAAUGAAGUCAUAUAUGAUUUUGACGUGAUCGCUUAAAAUCGCGUGCGGCUCGUAUGUAACAGCCGUAUCGUACAAUGUUCACGGCAGAAACGCUCGUAAUGAAAGGAUUAAUAAGAAAUAUGAUUGUCUGUAUUCCAAAAUCUCAUCUAAUCGAAUGACGUUGUAACAUUUUAUUAUUGAGUUAUUAUAAGCAAAAAAUAAGUUCUCGAAUUGAUCAUGUGCAAAAAAUCUAUCUUGUUUAACAUGAUCAUUUAUCAUGUUGAUUUCCUUUAAAGUUUAAGACAUGAAAUAAUGAUAUCUUAAAGGAAAUCUUAGUUACAAAAAUUUAUAUGAUUUUAAUGUUGUAUGCAUCAGUGAAUAGAAAUUUAUUCUAUAUAUAUAAAGCAUUGAAAAUAUAUUUGCAUACUAGAUAUUUCUAAUCUAAAAUUUGACGUUGUUUUUAGGUUGUUUUUUUGUAUUAUUGACGUUUCGUAAGACAUUAUAUCGUGUAAUAUACAAAUGCCUUGCGAUAUAUGUAAAUAACGAAUUUAUAAUCGUAAAAUUUUUACAUA